UUUAAUGCAUCAGAAAAAACCCGAAUUUCAUAUAGGAAAAGAUAGCAUUGGUGUCUCUUCCGAUCACAGAACAACAAUCUCUUGUUCGAUAUCGUCCGACCAUCCAUCAUCACCAUCCUCUUCUUCUCCUUUGUUAUUAGUAUUACCAUCAAAACCAAAUGGUGCAAAUUUUACUACCAAGGUGACAAAUGCAAAUUCUAAUCACCAACACGAAAUCAUAAUCAAGAAUGACCAUGAUCAUAUAGAUACACCAUUAGCAACCAAUUUCUCCUCCAAUUCAACGUUCUGUACCGAAAAUAAUUACCCAAAGAGGUUUUCCGGUACUAAAGCCAUUAUAAUUCACCUCCUACGCCGUCUUUGUUACCUUAGACGUCUUCAAAAUCAUCUACGGUUAAUUCUUGUGUUAUCUGUCCCUUUUUUCUACUUCUUAGUUUCUCACCCCAGUCAUUCGUUUGUGCUUGAUUUCUUAUCUGCUUUGGCAUUUUCUUCAGCAUUAUUGUUUUCGUUAAAUCUUGGCCUCCCUAAACUCCCUUCUAUCCGAACAUUACUUGCUAGAUCAUUUCGGGUUAAGUUACUUUCAUCUUCCCAUUCUUCUAGACCUCCAUUGCCGGUUUUUUGGUCAAUUGGGUCAAAAGCAAAAGGGAACAAGAAGAGAGUGAAUUCAGGGUGUUGGGUGCAAGCAUAUAGUAAUGGAGAUGUGUAUGAAGGUGAGUUUCAUAAGGGAAAGUGUUCGGGUUGUGGCGUUUAUUAUUAUUACAUGAGUGGGAGGUAUGAAGGUGAUUGGAUUGAUGGAAUGUAUGAUGGUUAUGGGGUUGAAACAUGGGUGAAGGGAAGUCGGUAUAGAGGUCAAUAUCGACAAGGGUUAAGGCAUGGGUUGGGUAUUUAUAGGUUCUAUACUGGUGACGUUUAUGCUGGUGAAUGGUCUAAUGGUCGUAGCCAUGGAUGUGGAGUUCAUAGUUGUGAAGAUGGUAGUCGUUAUGCAGGCGAAUUUAGGUGGGGUGUUAAACAUGGUCUUGGUUACUACCAUUUCAGGAAUCGGGAUAUAUAUGCUGGAGAGUAUUUUGCAGACAAAAUGCAUGGUUUUGGCGUGUAUAGUUUUUCAAAUGGACAUAGAUAUGAAGGAUCUUGGCAUGAAGGAAAAAGGCAAGGAUUCGGUGUCUACACUUUCAGAAAUGGGGAAACGCAAUCUGGGCACUGGCAGAAUGGUGUUCUUGAGAUCUCACCACCACAUCCUGAUUAUCGUGCCAAAGUGCUUAAUGCCAUUCAGGAGGCAAGACGAGCAGCAGAGAAAGCAUAUGAUGCAACUGCCAAAAUGGACGAAAAAGUGAACAGUGUGGUUAUCUCCGCCAAUCGGGCAGCUAAUGCAGCUAGAGUAGCUGCAAUAAAAGCAGUACAAAAACAAAUGCACCAAAGACGAAACAGCGACGAGCUUCCUAUCUCCAUGGUGCAAAACAUUCAUCACCUACCAACCCAAUUGACUGUUUGACUUAUAUGAGGCAAAACAGUCUCAAUGUUGUUUUAAGCAUUAUUCCAAAAGAAACGAUGAUACACAAAAAUCCAUCAUGAAUCCCAUAUCUUACAGUGAAUCCUGAAGCAGUUUUCAGCCACUUUUUGACAAGUUCCCAUUUAUUGGUUGAUGUACAGGUAGGUAGAUUAGUUAGUAACUAUUGAACUCGAAUCAAAUCAUCUGUAAGCUCCCUUGUACAUUAUACGUGGUUUACUUUGAAGUUGUUAUUACGAACUAUUGAUGC